AGGUGACCCCUAGGGGAAGCUGUUUUGAGGUUGUUGUCAUAGUAAAUACCCCCUGACCUCUGACCUCUACGGAUGAAUGAACUGGUAACUCUGUGGUGGUCCACCCCGAUGAGCCUCCAAAAGAGUUUCCGUCUAGUUUGGAGUUUGGUUUUGAUGCUGUUUGUUUGUGAUGUUGUUUUUAUUUAGUUUAUUUAUAAUUAGGUUUAUGCCUGUGAGAAAUCCCCUGUAAUCAAUGAUUGUGAUUGAUAAUCUGAGUGCGGAGCCCCCCGAGCCUGUCCGUGGUGACCUCUGGCGUCGGGGACACGUCUGCUGUCUCUCCUCGCGCUGGCCUCUUCUGCUCUGCAUGCUGGUUCUGAUUUACGGUUCCCACGCCCCCCUCAUUGCGCUCACCCAAUCAGACGGCCGCGUCCCCUACAGCCCCUCCUCCUGCGUUGUCCUCAUCGAGCUCACAAAGCUGCUGGUUUCCACGGCGACGCUGCUGGCCACCAAGGGCGGGUCGGCCCUGUGUGGCGUGCCGGUCCGCUGGGUCCUAGCACUGCCCUACGCGGCUCCUGCGCUGCUCUACGCCCUCAACAACAACCUGGUGGUGUACAUGCAGGCUCACAUGGACCCCAGCACCUUCCAGCUGCUAAGCAACCUCAAGAUCGUCACCACGGCGACGCUCUACUCGUCGUGCCUGGGCAGGCGGCUGCGGCCUGUCCAGUGGCUGGCCCUGGUGCUGCUCACGCUGGCCGGGGGAGCGCACAGCUACAGCAGCCUGGACGGGGAGGCCCAGACUGGGCCAGAGGGCCACCGGGGCCCCAGACUGCACGUGACUGGGCCGGGCCUGCUGCUGCUGCUGCUCUACUGCACGGCCUCGGGGCUGGCCGCCGUGGUGACCGAGCGUGCUCUCAAGGGCCAGCGGCUGCCGCUCAGCCUGCAGAACAUCUUCCUGUACGGCUGGGGCGUGGCCAUCAAUGUCGCCUCCCACAUGGGCGGAGUCGGUGAGGGGCGGGGCUUCCUGGAGGGCUUUUCUGCGCUGGUGUGGCUGAUUGUGAUUGGGCAGGCGGCGGCGGGGCUGAUGAUGUCAGUGGUGAUGAAGCACGGCAGCGGAAUCCUGCGGCUUUUCGUUAUCUCUGCGGCCAUGCUGGUCAACAGCGCCUUCUCCUGGGCACUGCUGGGACUGCAGCUCACACCCCUCUUCCUGCUGCCGACAGGACUCGUUGCUCUCGCUGCCUACCUGUACUACAGGUAACAGCCAGGUGCCCUAAGUCGCAGGCAGCAUACCUGAAUUACAGGUGAAAUGCAGCUACACGAUGUGUGUACUUCAGUUUGUUUUUUUGUCCACUGAUUUGGGCAGUGACACGGUUAAAACCCAUUUGCUUUUCAUCCAUUCUGUUGCUGCUGUGUAGGAUUUGGUUUCAUUCAUGGGGAUUUCCACCCCAUCGCACAAGAGAACCCCCCCCGUCCAGUGUCCAGUUAAAACCCACCCCACCAGUGCGGAUGUCUUAAAACCCAGAGCCCCUUUAAGUAGAGUGUGUGUGAGAGAGAGAUAUUUCGGAUUUCCCCUCCCCUCCUCCCCAACCCUGUAGUCAGUGAUCCGGCCAGUACAUCACACACAGAGGGAGCUGAUGCAUCUCAUCUCAAUCCUUUUACACAAUCAUUUCAAGGUGUGUGUUGGUGAACUUUCUGUUUCAGCCAAAACACAAAACAGGAAGGGGGAUUUUAAGGUGACCACAGAGUUGGAGUGUGUGAAGUGGUCCGACCGUACGAGACCAUGCCAUGUACAGUAUGACACACCAGAGUGCUAAUAAAGACUGGAUUGGUAUCUGAA